GGUCAUUUAAAGUGUACUGCUGCUACGAGCGUGUGCUUAGUGGAACCUCAGAGAACAGGCCCACGACGCUUAGUCAUAUAAGAAUACCCAAAACACACUGACACACUGAUAAGAAGUUCCUGUCCAUAAGUUACUUAAAAACAAUAACCACAAUGUCCUACCAAAUAGAUAUGGAAGACAAUACAGAGCCGGAGCCCGUGCUGCUCUCGAAGCAUGCCAAAAAUUUGCUGCGUUUCCUCAAUAUGCUACCGGCGCGCAUGGCCUCGCAUGACAACACCAGGAGCACCAUAGUGUUCUUUGCUGUCUGUGGUCUAGAUGUACUUAAUUCAUUGAAUUUGGUGCCACCGCAAAUGCGACAGGACAUUAUCGAUUGGAUCUACGGCGGCCUGGUGGUGCCACGCGACGACGAGAAGCGAUGCGGCGGUUUUAUGGGCUGCCGUGCUAUGGUGCCGCUAACCGAGGAUGUAGAAAUUUUGGAAUGCAUGCGGAAGUAUCAAUGGGGUCACCUAGCCAUGACGUACACUAGCAUUGCAGUUCUGGUCACACUGGGCGAUGAUUUGUCGCGCCUGGAUCGCAAGAGUAUUGUGGAUGGAGUGGCGGCGGUGCAGCGGCCAGAGGGCAGCUUCAGUGCCUGCAUCGAUGGCAGCGAGGAUGAUAUGCGGUUUGUGUACUGUGCUGCCACCAUCUGUCACAUGCUCGACUAUUGGGGCGAUGUUGACAAGGAGGCCAUGUUUAUAUUCAUCGAAAAGAGUCUCCGCUAUGAUUACGGCUUCAGUCAGGAGCUGGAGGGAGAAGCUCACGGUGGGACCACUUUCUGUGCCCUGGCUGCACUGCAACUGGUCGGGCAGCUGCAUCGCCUGGAUGCUGCCACAGUGGAGCGCAUAAAGCGUUGGCUCAUCUUUCGCCAAAUGGAUGGAUUCCAGGGACGUCCCAAUAAACCUGUUGACACAUGCUAUUCCUUCUGGAUUGGCGCCUCCCUCUGCAUACUGGAUGGCUUUGAACUGACCGACUUUUCCAAGAACCGCGAGUACAUACUGAGCACGCAAGACACGCUGGUUGGAGGCUUUGCCAAGUGGCCACAGGCCACCCCAGAUCCGUUUCACACGUACCUCGGCCUCUGUGGCCUGGCAUUUACCGGUGAACCUGGUCUCAGUGCUGUGAUGGCCAGUUUGAACAUUUCCAUGGCCGCCUAUGUGCAUCUACAGCAUAUUCACGAAAUGUGGCGAUCCAAAUGCGAUGAGGGCAAGAAAGACAACGACCUUACUAUAUCCAGCGCCGUCCAGAAUAAAUUAAAGCUGGCCAAAGACGGCGAAGUGAUAACAUCGACAACUGCGACUACCUCAACCUCGCCAUUGAUAUCCGCACAAUGAUGGGAACCGGAAGGAAUGCGCAAAUUCACACUAUUGUAUUUAUAUUGGCCGUAUUUUAGCCACGCUUUUAAAUUACUUAUAUACAUAUUUAUUGCAAAGGUUCGUGGAUGGGAGUCUGAAUGGAAUUAAAACCACGAACUUCUGGAUUUUAUAGAGAGUACGUAUAGGAGUAAAUACGUUUAUUGUACAGCUUAAAUUAAUGUGAACAUUUUGUAAGAUUAAGCCUAAAAGUAAAUUAAAGCGUCCGAUACAGUGGCAUGUAUUUACACAGCA